UGUGACAGCUUUUUUUGUUUCUGUAAAUUUACUAGUUCUAUGUAUAACUGAGUAGCAAAUCUCUAAAAUGUCAGACAGAUUUGUCAGUGUUAAAUUAUCGAUUUUCGGUUUCUCUAUAAGUACCUAAUCAAUUUUUAUUUCAAACUAAGCAAGCGUGCCAUAAGGAGUCAAUUAAUCAAUGUGUUUUAUAACUUAAAAGCAAUAAUGUCUGAGAAGAAAAAGUUGAAUAUGAUUGUACAGCCGUAUGCAGGAAAAUUGAUGAUCAUUCAGGAUAUUUUAGCUCCGCCAAUACAAGAAGAUGAUCCAAAUCAACAGCCGGGUUCCUAUUUUAAUUUCCCGAAAUUAGUGGAUACUUUUCGAACAUUUUUAAAAGAGGCUGGAUAUAAAACAGAUAGAGGAGAUUAUAAUCAACUGAUUGACGGUAUUCUUUGUGCUUUGGAAACAUACAUGAAGCAUAUACUCCAAGUGAUAAUUAAAAAUUGUGAGUUUCGUGUUAAUUUUCAUCUAAUUAACGAUAAGCGUUGCAAGUUCAAUCACAUACUGCGUGACAAGGUGAAUUAUCUAAAUGAGAUGAAAAGAGGAGCUUCUGAUGAGCGUUACUCUCGUAAGAUGUGUCGUCGUCGUGCCAAGGUUCGUCAAAGUGAUCCAGGAUUUCGUCGCUAUCAAAAUGAGAAACGCUUGGCAUGCAUUAAUUAUACUGCCAUGCUGGCAUUGGGUGUACACAAACGUGUUGGCACCGUACUAUUUGAUCCAUUUAGUGCACCUUAUCCUCGUAAUGGUCGCACAUAUUUCGGGGCAUCGAAUCAGAAUCAUUAUAAAAGACUUCCAACUGUUUUGCAUCAAAAGUAUAUUAAAGUCCAGGAUGUUUUGCAACUAUUGGAGCAGGAUCCACGCUUCAAGUAUUCAAUGUUGCUGUAUGAGGCCUAUAUGAGAUAUCCAAAAUAAUGAGAUUCAGAAAAUAUAGCAGAAACUUGAUAGAUAUUCACUUCAAA